GGUGCCAGUGCAAUAGGGGAGAGGUCAGGUGCAUUGCCUCAGCCCCUCCACUCCCUAUAUAAGGGAACUCCCCGGGGAUUCGGUGCAGCCUGACUCCUGGUCACUCUGCAGAGGGAGGGAUUUGGGCUGCGAGGUGCCUUCAGCUGGACCAUGGCCAGUUUCUCCCGCUCUGGGGUUACUCUGGGGCCCAGGCUGAGCUGGGUCCGCGUGGUGGGGCUGCAGGGGGGCGUUCCGGGAGGGCUCGGUGUCUGCGGAGGGGCUGGGAGCACCAGCAGCCGCCUGUUUUCUGGCAGUGACGGUAUAGUCGGGCCUGGGCUGGGAGGAGGUGCCAGGGAACCAGGCCUCCUCAGCAUGAAUGAGAAGGACACCAUGCAGAACCUGAACGACCGCCUGGCUGCCUACCUGGAGACGGUGCGGUCUCUCGAGGAAGCCAAUGGGCAGCUGGAGCGGCAGAUCCGGGAAGUCUAUGCAAAGAGAGCGCAGGCUGGAUGCCAGGACCUGAGUGGCUACUUCAGCACCAUUGCGGAGCUCAGAUCACAGAUCCAGGCAGCGUCGACGAGUAACGCCCAACUGAUCCUGCAGAUUGAUAAUGCCACACUAGCUGCUGACGACUUCAGAGUGAAGUUUGAGUCGGAGCUGGCCAUCCGGCGGGGCGGGGAGAGCGACGUCGCCGGCUUGCGCAAGGUCCUGGACGAGGUGACCCUGAGCAGAGCCAGCCUGCAGGAGGAGCUGGGAAGCCUGCAGGAGGAGCUGGCUCAACUCCAGAAGAACCACGGGGAGGAAGCGGCUGCUCUCCAAGGUCGCCUGGGAGGCUCAGUCAGUGUGGAGGUGGAUUCUGCUCCCGGUGUCGACCUGGUGAAAACCCUGGCAGAGAUCCGGGACCAAUACGAGGACGUCAUUGAGAGGAACCACAGAGAGGCUGCGGCCUGGCACAAGGAGCAGUGUGAGACGGUCGCUCAGGAGGUGGCCACCAGCGCGGAAGCCGUCCAGGGUGCCAGGACGAAGCUCACGGAGCUGAGGCGCGUAGUCCAGGGCCUGGAGGUCGAGCUGCAGUCACUCUACAGCAUGAAAGAGGCUCUCGAGGGCACGCUGGCUGAGACCCGGGCUGGCUCCGGGGCCGAGCUGGAGCAGCUGCGCGAGUGCGUCGCUAGGAAGGAGGCCGAGCUGGCGCAGCUGAGAACUGACACCCAGCGGCAGGCUGAGGAACACCAGCAGCUGCUGGAUCUGAAGACCAGGCUGGAGAUGGAAAUCGCCACCUACCGGCGCCUCCUGGAGGGUGACGAUGUCAGAUCUGACGCCAAGUCACCUGUGAGACAGACACCUCCAGAGGCUGUUAACAGCUCCCCCACCUCCAGGAGGGUGAAGACUGUGAUCGAGGAGCUGCUGGACGGCAGGGUGGUGUCUUCCCGCACAGAGGAGGUGGAGCAUCCCCUCUGAGGCAUGCUGGGAUUGGGGAAGAAAGGGGGAUCCCUCCCCACCAAUCGGGCCCCAGCUGCCCCUGCCCCACUGAUUUUCCGCUUGGUUUUCUGUGGCUUUGGGUUCCAAUAAAGCAAGUGGCGCAGCGCGGCUCAGGA